CAGCUCCAGAGAAGUGCCUGGAUCCAGGUUUCUGGUAAGGAUGGUCCAUGGCACAGAACUUUUCAAAGCCUUUCGGACCACCUGGAAAAAGGACAGCUGUGGGCAAGAACCCUGAAGUUUUCCAGGGAAGACAUAAGGAUGAUCUGGAUCUUCUGUGAUAUGGACCAAAGGAAUAUGUACUCUUCAAACUUUGCCUUAAAAAUCAACUUACAGCACUAAUAAAAAGAUGAAAAUCUAGAUGCUAGUCUUUAUAUCAUCAGUUCACUCUAUGCCUGGAGCUCAUUUGCCUUGCAAAUACUCUGUUUUUUGUCCCUCCCUUCCCACUUAAAUGAUUGACUUCACCCCAGAAAAGAACUUUUUUAGAGAUUUCUGGAAGAGAGACAGAUCCUGCCCCUCAAAUCAUGGGGCCUGUCAGCUACUCAUCAGAGACCUAUGACUUGAGCCAGGUGGAGCUGAGCGGUUACUAUGAAGCUGAGAACACCACCCCUUCUUUGGAGGGCUAUUUUUGCUUCAACCCAGCCUCAUCUGUGGUUGGCAACCAGGGAGACCCCUUCAGAAAGGUCUUCAUGCCCCUCAUCUAUCUGCUGAUGUUUGUGUUGGGGACUCUGGGCAAUGCCCUGGUCCUGGUCAUUUUAGAGAGGUUCAAGAGGUCUCGCACCACCACAGAAAACUUCCUUUUCCACCUCACCCUGGCCAACGUGGCACUGUUAUUCACCUUCCCGUUCAGUGUGGUGGAGAGCUUGGCUGGGUGGAUAUUUGGGGAGUUCCUCUGCAAGAUUCUCAGUGCUGUCCACAAGAUCAAUUUCUACUGCAGUAGCAUGCUGCUGGGGUGCAUUGCAGUGGACCGCUACCUGGCCAUUGUCUAUGCAAUCCACACCUACCGCAAACGCAGAGCUCGCUCCAUCCACCUCACCUGCACAGCUGUCUGGCUCUGCUCAUUGCUUCUGACUUUACCUGAUCUCAUCUUCAUGGAAGUGUGGACAGACGACAGUAAUCACAGCAUUUGCUAUUUUCCAGAGGUUGGGAUUGAUGGAAACAAUGCGUGGCUGGCAACACGCUUCCUCUACCACACCGUGGGCUUCUUUGUGCCUCUGCUGGUCAUGUGUUACUGCUACAUGGCCAUCAUCCGAGCACUGUGUCAGUCUCAGCGCCUGCAGAGACAAAAAGCUGUCCGUGUGGCCAUCCUGGUCACAGGCAUCUUCCUCCUCUGCUGGAGCCCAUACCACAUCGUCAUCUUCCUGAACACACUUACCAAGCUAGAAGCCUUCACCAAGAACUGCCUCCUGGAAGACCGGCUGGACACAGCCAUCAUGGUGACAGAGGCCAUCGGCUUCAUACACUGCUGCCUCAACCCCAUCCUCUACGCCUUUAUCGGGGUCAAGUUCCGUAACGACUUCUUCCGGAUCCUGCAGGAGCUUGGCUGCAUAAGCCAGGAGACCCUGCAGGAGAUCCUGGAGGUGACAAGGAAGGGCAGUGGGAUAGAGUCUGACAACACCACCUCCAUCUCCACUUUCUAGCUGGGAAAGGCUGCCUGCAGGGCAGAACUGGUCUGGAUCUUUCCUUCCCAGUGGCACACUUGCUUUGGUCUCAGUUACAAGUUUCACAAGCAUCCCCACAACUUUGUUCACUCCUCAGGAAGCAGGUCCAAUAGCCACCAAACACCCAAAUCCCAUCAGACUCCUUGCUUGGCUCUUUCUGGUUCUCAUACUUGUAGAGACUCACCUGGCAGUUGCUGGUGAAUGCUCGAUGUCUGAUGGUCACUCUUGUUGGGCUGGAUGAACUCGAGUGGGUUGAACCUGACACUCCCACCUCUCCCUUGAAAAACUUGACUGCAGGCAUCUUGUGCACAAAGCCAGGCACAGGACUGGGGUGCCAGGGUUAAGGAAAAAAGUGCAGCAAGUAAAUGAGUCCUGUCAGUAAGCGGGUCUCCAUUUCACUAGCUCAGGUUGGUACAGACAUGCUCAAAGGAAGCCGUGGGACUCAGUGGCCAUAGCAACUGGAGAGAUGCAGGUAGGACUGAUGGGGGCGGCGAAGUUCAAUCCAAUGGCACAGGCAUACAGUGCUGGACACUCUUUGACUGCAACAUUGUCCUCCUACUGCGUGACAUCCCCUCAGCCAGCCACAACACAUUCAUCAUCCCAACACAGCUUAUGCCAGGAAGUCCUCCUGCAGAUGGAAAAAUUUGACUGUCGUCACAGACUCCUUUCCUCAUACCCGUUGCAUCCUUCCCUACUCAUUUGAUCUGUUUUACUGCUGUUAUGACUUCCUGUGCGUGGCUGCUGAACU